AUGCUCCCAUCACCACCUAACUCGAACACAUAUCACAAAAUGUCUGAGUCUCUCGUCUACAAGGGCUCUCUCGCCGGCCACAAGGGCUGGAUCACCGCCAUUGCCACCUCGCAGGAGAACCCCGACCUUCUCCUCACCUCGUCGCGUGACCGCACCAUCAUCGUGUGGCAGCUCAGCCGCGAUGACUCCAACUACGGUUACCCCAAGCGCAUCCUCCACGGCCACAACCACUUCGUUUCCGACAUUGUCAUCUCGUCCGACGGCCAGUUCGCUCUCUCGGCCUCGUGGGACAAGACCCUUCGUCUCUGGGACUUGAACACCGGCACCACCACCCGCCGCUUCGUCGGCCACACUGCCGACGUUCUCUCCGUCUCCUUCUCCGCCGACAACCGUCAGAUCGUCUCGGGUUCGCGUGACCGCACCAUCAAGCUCUGGAACACCCUCGGCGAGUGCAAGUUCAACAUCACCGACGACGGUCACUCCGAGUGGGUCAGCUGUGUUCGCUUCAGCCCCAACCCCCAGAACCCGGUCAUUGUCUCCGCUGGUUGGGACAAGGUCGUCAAGGUCUGGGAGCUUAGCAAGUGCAAGUUGAAGACCAACCACUACGGCCACACCGGCUACAUCAACACCGUUACUGUCUCGCCCGAUGGUUCGCUCUGCGCCUCCGGUGGCAAGGACGGCAUCACCAUGCUCUGGGAGCUCUCGGACGGCAAGCACCUCUACUCGCUCGAGGCUGGUGACACCGUCAACGCUCUCGUCUUCUCGCCCAACCGCUACUGGCUGUGCGCUGCCACCGCCUCGUGCAUCAAGAUCUUCGACCUCGAGUCCAAGAGCAUCGUCGACGAGCUCAAGCCCGAGUUCACCGGCGUUGGCAAGAACUCGGCCGACCCCGAGUGCCUCUCGCUCGCCUGGUCCGCCGACGGCCAGACCCUCUUCGCCGGUUACUCGGACAACAUUGUCCGUGUCUUCACCGUUCUGUAA